CAGGAUGUGAUCCAUUGGCAAAACCGAUUCCAUGGCAUGUGCAGAAAUUGUUUCUGCUCUAUCGGUCAGUGUGUAAACAAGCUAUGAAGCGCCAAACUGUCUAGUUUAAAAUGGGAAAAAAAAGUUAUUUUUUCUUUGCAGCAAUAGAUGGCAGCACAGAGUGGCUGACUUUUUCCGCAAAGUAAUGAUGACUUUUUUUUUACCAUUUAGUAUUCUGCUGGCUCUGAGAUUUCAGUCGUCCCUGUGAAGACAAUCUGAGAACAGAAGAUGUGUGCUGAGUCUCUGAGUUGUUCUGAGCUAUUUCGACAAAUCAGGAGGGAACUUUAUGGGAAUGAGCCCUCUGAUCAUUCCAACAAUCACAUUUUCAUCAUUCUUGGAGCGUCAGGAGAUCUUGCUAAGAAGAAGAUCUAUCCAACUUUGUGGUGGUUAUUUCGAGAUGGUCUACUACCAGAAGACACUCGUGUUGUGGGUUUUGCCCGAUCUAAGCUCACUGUGGAGGACAUUAAAGCAGCCUGCCUACCUCACAUGAAGGUGACUGAGAAAGACAGUGCUGCUCUGUCAGAUUUCUUCAGUAAAAACUCCUACCUGAGUGGCAGGUAUGAUGACGGCACCUCCUUUGACAAACUCAACAGCCUGCUGUCAUCCCUGCCUGGUGGAGCAAAUGCCAACAGACUUUUCUACCUGGCUCUCCCACCCACAGUUUACUGCCAUGUCAGCACAAACAUCCGGGACCACUGCACGAGCUCCAAAGGCUGGAACAGAAUAAUUGCGGAAAAGCCGUUUGGUCGGGACCUGCAGAGCUCCCGGGAGCUCUCCACCCACCUGUCCUCUCUGUUCACUGAGAAUCAGAUCUACCGCAUUGAUCACUACCUGGGGAAAGAGAUGGUCCAGAAUCUCAUGGUGCUUAGGUUUGGAAAUCGGAUUUUUGGACCCAUUUGGAACAGGAGCAGCGUGUCCUGUGUUGUCAUCAGCUUCAAGGAGCCUUUUGGCACCCAGGGCCGGGGAGGUUACUUUGAUGACUUUGGCAUCAUUCGAGAUGUCAUGCAGAACCAUCUGCUGCAGAUGCUCUGUUUGGUUGCCAUGGAGAAACCCGCCUCCACCAGUCCAGAUGAUGUGAGGGAUGAGAAGGUGAAGGUGUUAAAGUGCAUUGCUCCUGUUGCAAUGUCCAAUGUGGUGCUUGGCCAGUAUGUUGGAGAUCCUGAUGGCGAAGGCAACUCAAAGCUGGGUUACCUUGAUGAUCCCACCGUACCAAAAACCUCCUGCACACCAACUUUUGCCACAGCAGUGCUCAAUGUCCAGAAUGAAAGAUGGGAUGGGGUUCCAUUUAUUCUGCGCUGCGGUAAAGCUCUAAAUGAGCAAAAAGCAGAGGUUCGUCUGCAAUUCACAGACGUGCCUGGAGACAUCUUCAAUGGAAGAUGUCAGAGGAACGAGUUAGUGGUACGGGUUCAACCCAAUGAAGCCAUAUACCUGAAGAUGAUGACGAAAAGGCCUGGAGUGUUUUUCAGUCCAGAAGAAACUGAGCUGGAUCUCACUUAUAAGAGCAGAUACAAGGAUGUAAAACUCCCUGAUGCCUAUGAAAGACUAAUCCUGGACGUCAUUUGUGGAAAUCAGAUGCACUUUGUUCGAAGUGAUGAGUUACAGGAGGCCUGGAGGAUCUUCACCCCACUCCUUCACCAAAUAGAGAAAGAAAAGAGAAGCCCCAUUCCUUACAAAUAUGGAAGCCGUGGCCCAAAUGAAUCAGACAACCUUAUGAGGAGAGUAGGAUUCCAGUAUGAGGGGACAUACAAGUGGGUGCAGCCCCAUGCAACCUGAUGCUCAUUCUCAUACAAUGUGUCAUGGCCACUGAGAAGAAAAUAAAUGUUAUAACAUUCAAA